GCCGAAUAAUCAGUCUGUUUAUAGUGCUAAAACCUGGUGUGCGUCUGUAGUGCUUGCCAUUGUGUCUGACUACUUUCAAGUUGACCACGACGAGCGGCCCAAACAAACAAUUCUAGUCACGCGUAGUGGACGCAUCACCCAAUACACUCUAACACUCCGCCCGCAUAGCCCGACAACAAACAACCAAAUACAAAACAUAAGCAAACACGCGCGCAACAAACAACAACAAAAAUGGAUGAACUGAAUGGGUUACUGCAAAAAACCAAAGAUAAAUCUACGCAAAAGGAGCAGGACGAGAUUCUGCUGCAGCCCUUUACGUACAUACAACAAAUUCCAGGCAAACAGUUUCGCUCCGAACUGGCCUUGGCCUUCAAUCACUGGUUGCUUAUACCGGCCGAAAAGUUGACGCAGAUUGGCGAGAUUGUCCAAAUGCUUCAUAAUUCCAGUUUGCUCAUUGAUGAUAUUGAAGACAAUUCGAUACUUCGCAGAGGUGUGCCUGUGGCGCAUUCCAUUUAUGGCGUGGCCAGCACCAUCAAUGCGGCCAACUAUGCACUGUUCUUGGCCCUCGAGAAGGUGCAGCAAUUGGGACAUCCAGAGGCUACCAAAGUCUAUACGGAGCAGUUGCUGGAGUUGCAUCGUGGCCAAGGAAUGGAGAUAUAUUGGCGCGAUAGUUUCACAUGUCCCUCCGAAUCGGAUUACAAAUUGAUGACUGUGCGGAAGACUGGUGGCCUAUUUAUGCUCGCCAUACGCCUUAUGCAGCUGUUUAGUACGAACAAGGAGGAUUACUCAAAGUUAACAGCCAUUUUGGGCCUAUAUUUUCAAAUACGCGACGACUAUUGCAACUUGAGCUUGAAGGAGUACACGGAAAACAAGAGCUUUGCUGAAGAUCUCACAGAGGGCAAAUUUGGUUUCCCAGUUAUUCAUGCGGUGCGAACGCAGAAACAUGAUAAACAGGUUUUGCAUAUAUUGCGACAGCGCACGCACGACAUUGAGGUCAAGAAGUACUGCAUCAGCUUACUGGAGAAACUGGGCAGCUUUCAAUACACACGCAAAGUGCUUGAAACGCUUGACGUGGAGGCGCGUGCCGAGGUGACACGUCUAGGCGGCAAUCCCUAUAUGGAUAGGUUACUUAAUAAGCUGCUGUCCUGGCAAAGCAAUGAUGCUGCGAGCAUCACGCAAUCGAAUCAAAUCAAUCACAACGUCACAGCACGCACCAGCCCCAAUCAGAACACCCUCAAUUGUAAUUAACAACCAAAGAGGCAAAAGAGGGAGCAGUCGUGAAUUGCAAACGGCAGCGUCAAAGUCGGAGAUCGAUCCGUCACCUCUUUUGCUGCUAAUCCAAAAGCACCACAACAACAGCAACAACAACAUCCACAACAACAUCAGCAGCAACCUCAACAUCUAAUCCAAGCAGCUUGCGUUAGUGCGCCUUUGUUGCGUUUCUUGCAAAAAUUAAAAAUCUUCUAAAUCUUGUUUCACGUUUUGCCUCCCAGAAAGCUGCCAAACAAAAACUAAUGCAAUGAAAAUGUUUAUACCACAAAAACCACAACAGCAGCAGCCUUACACACAUGAAAACAAACAAAAAAACAC